CAAGUGUCACGGGAAAUGCCUUCCAGACGACAGACAAACCGACGCCGUAAACAAAAGAAUAAAGAACAACAGCCACGUCAUCAUAAUCAACAACCAAUUGCUAGUAUUCAACAAACCCGUCAUUCUCUUACUCGCCCAGUCGAUAGCAUUCAACAACCCUUCUAUCCUAUUCAACAAACAACUGACACUAUUCAUCAACCUUUUCAGUCUAUCCCUCAUCCGCCUCCAAAACGUCUGUCCGCGGAAUUCUUAUCCUCAUUGCGGUCCCCCUUUUUAGGUGUUCCCCAUCCCUCCCCAACUGGAACUUCAAAAGGGCAACCCAAUAUCGAAAUUCCCAAAGUUCAAUCAAGAAUUAAUUCCCCCUCGCCAAAUAUUCAAAAUGUUAACUCGUCCAUUAGUAAAUCAACUAAAUUAGAUGGACUCACCCUGCGGUCGAAUUCCGAAAAUUCCGAAGUUUUCCGCGAAAAUUCAGCGUCUUCUGUCACUGAAAAUGUAUUUGCAGCCGACCAUACCCACUCUCAGUCCCAUCAUGAACAAAUAUUGCCGAAAAAUGUUGAAUUUUCUUCCUCAUCUUUACCGCAAGCGCAGCUAGAUUCUACAGCGCCGGCGCGAGCCAGGGGGAACGAAUCAAUAAUAUUGACAAGCCCCGGUGCUGACACGGUACCGCAUCAACAAAACAGAUUUCUAAAAUCAUCAGAUUCAACGAUGUUGUCCGAAACGACACCAGCUUUUCAACAUGGAAUGAAAAACGGCGCCGCCCUUUGGAUUCAAUCCACCCAACCCUCAAGCACUCCCAGCUCUCAUGGAAGAGAUAUUUCACUCGAUGAGAAAUCUUCCGAGACUACAAUUCAACCGGAUUUCGCGAACUCAGCGAUACCUGCAACUUUGAUGCAUCUAAUGGGCUUAGAAGAAAAUUCAUCCCCGAUAGAUUUAGAUAAUUUAGUGAGUGCUCAACAAGCAAACUCAUUACAGGAACCACGUGGAUCUCUGUCAUUGCAAAUGAAAAACCCAACAAGUUCAGAAGGAACUAACAGUUUAGGUGAAGGAAGAAACGUCACUCUCGCAUCAACUGAAACUGGAAUUCCAAGUAAAUCUACUUAUUUUGAAAAUUUAGACCUGACCGAGGCUCCUAAUGUGAAUUCCAAACAGCAGGUUAUGAAAUUUUCUAACGGGAAAAAUGCUACAAUUUCUGACGUGACGACACUAAACAUUGAACAUCCAAAAGAACUUUUGUAUGAAACUUACCAUAACGGAAGAGGCUCGUUCAACUCGACUAUCGCAUUGCCAGAAAGCUCUGCAACGUUUUCUACAGAACCAAUGCCAUUACUGCUGACGACAACUGAAUCCUCAAACGAAGCGACUAUAAUGCAAACUAAAUCCACAAUCCCAUCUGUUUUAGAAGUGCAUGAAACAGAAUCAAAGCUCCGAGGCUCAGAAGAGUACCCA